AAUACUAGAUACCAACAUAUUCAGAAUAAACACUCAAUCUUCAGCCUCAUUAUCAGGGGGACAGCUGCUUUUCAGUAAGAAUAAUUUUGUCACUUAAGAAAAACAAUUUAUCAUUAGUGGUUGUGGUUUUUUCAGGUACGGGAAAUUGGUUGGUUUGACAGCACUGUUGUUCAACUUGGUUUUUUUCUUUAUAAUGAUGGCUGGUAGUAGAAGCAGGUUUGCAGAAGAAUCAUAGAAGUUUAUCUGUUGUCUUCUCUUCUGCUCUUUCCAGCCCUACUACCAGUGACUUUAUAAAUGGUUUAGGAAGAGCUUUCUGGCUCUUUAUGAAGACAAUACAGGUGAGCCUGAUGGUCCGUUUUUAGGCAGGUUUUUCCAAAAUACAUGUCCUGAUGCAUCUGGGUUUGUUGAGGUUUUGGUUUUGUGGUUUUUUCCAUUUGUCAAAAACCUUUACAGGUCCUGUUACAUGAGAUACACAAUGCAGUGAAGUAAUCAGAUGUACAACUUGUAACUGUUAGAAACAAUUGGGUGCAAAAGUCACUUCAAAAGCUGAAGUGUUUUGUUCAGAUGAUGGAAGACCCAGAAAGAUAUUUUAGGUUAAGAGAAUAAUGAAGGACUAUUUUUGGUGAAUCUUGGAGUAGCUGUUACAUGGUGUUGGCUAGGAUUGCAGUCGGAGCCUUGAAGAUUAAUGUUUGAGAGGAAGCAGUUGCACAGUGCUUGUCAUGCAUGUUGCACCAUACCUCGCUGCUUGAACACUUUCUCUGUGAGGCCAGUAAUUACCCUUUCAGACAAAGAAGCAAUGGGAUAAAGUUAGCAUGGUUUCCUUUAGAAGUAGUUCAGGCAAGUAUUAAAGUAGGUGAUGUUUAGGCAAGAAACUACAAGGAAGAUGUUUUGCAUUGUAACAAUGGAGGCAGGAGGAAGGAUGCCAGAGACUGACCUUUCCUCUGUUACUGUGGCUUGGUGCAGUCCUUUCCUGUGUUGUGUGGGCUUGGCUGUAGCUGCAGAGUGUCUGCCCUAACUUGUGUUCUGAAGCAGUUGAAAUCUGACUUAAAACUAUCCAGAGUGCUGCAGCUUCAGGGAAACAUGAUUGCUUUUUAUAAAAUCUCAGCAUACUCUGUAGUUCUGACAUGUUCACUCAAUUUCUGAGCAAGUGCUAUGUUAUCUGUAAGUGUAAAACCAGCUACAUAAACCACCUUUUUUGCACAAUACCUGAAAAUUUGAAAUUUCAUCUGCUCCCAGAGUAUAUUGCAAGAUAAUGUGCAUUCCACAGUCAUCUCCAUUACUGUCUUAUCUCCAUACACGUAUUUUUUCACUCUCUCCAGUGAUAUUUUUUGUGUGUGUGAUUUUACAAAUACUCUAAUACUUGCAAGUGAAAAUCAUUUCAAUGUGCCUGUAAAGUAGCAAAAAUGGCUUUAGUAUUCAAUCAUGAGCCUUAUGUAUUUCCUUCUGCAGUCAUAAUUUUAUUGGUAUUGAUUAUGCUGUCUUCGCAUCCCACUAGUCUCUGUAUGUGAGACUGCCAUUGCAUACAACCACUCUUAACCUUGAUUCGCUUGGAAGGGUUUGUGUGGAGCUAUCUGCCAAGGAAGUUAGGUGCUGUGUGCGGGAAGUUGGCAGAAGGAAUAAUGGGCUGGAAGAUGAGAGGAUAAUGUGGUGAAGUUAGCUGCGUAACAGGAAGGUCGUGCUAGAAAUUGCAAGAUAUGCUUUCUGUGAAAGUGUGGGAUUUUUGAUGGCGGCUUCCUCUGUUCUGCUUGUGGACUCAAAGCUGGGAGAGCCAGCAACUCUUCAGGCCUCCUUGUGAAUCCGGAGGCACCGUCUCUCUGGAGCACUGUUUGGGGAAUUUCCAAACUUGCUCUUGGUCACUUGUAAGGAUUGAUCCAGACCAGCAUUCUGUAGCCUGACAGCUGUGAUGCAAAUUGCUUACAGCACAGCAACUCCAGUGGUUGUUCCUUUUGUGCGUGUGUGUGCAUCUAUUAAAAUACUCUCUAGAAGUCUUGCCUCCUGUGUGCUAGGACAAGUUUUUGGGAAGUUAGAUGAAUUCUAGAUGUCCUCUCCAAGACCUAAAGAAGACCUUUUAAGUCAGCCUGUGUCAUCGUAUGUUGUUCAGCAUCUUGCAUGUGCAAUCUCAACUGAGCUCAGCUAUAUAAAUAAAAGUGAAAUGAUUGCCAUCCUGGCAACCUGCGUGUUUUGCUCUCGACUGUGUCUCCCUGUGGAAGGGAUCUUGCCUACACAAGUAUGUGGUGCUUGAACUCAUAGUUUUCAGAUUUAAACUGCUGACUUGUGGGGGGUUUUUUACUCUUUUUCAACUCCCUAAUAGUUUGUUUACAUUUGCAUCCACCUGUUAGGGUCCUAGUAGGUUCUGUAAACCUUAACAGGGGAAUCUGUGCCACUGAGGGUUUACAGUCCAGUGAAGAUUAUGCUUGUCAGUGAGUAUUUAUGAAAAUGAAAAACUUUAGGAUUUGCAAGCAUGUAAUUUCCUUUAGUGCUUACCAGGGAUUGGCUUAAUUUUCACUCUCAAACUUUGCUUUGAUUAAGGUAAGAUUAAGACAAUGGACAACUACAGGAAGGCUUAAAAUGUUAAAAUAAUACAGUUGCUGACUGAAAUGUUAAUGCAGAAUGGCCUUGGGAGGGGAUUCAGCUUCAUGAGUGGACCCUGAGGUCUUCCUCCCGCCUGCGGCUCCUCUGGUAGGGUGGAAUGUUGCUCUGACCCCUUCCCAUUGGUGUGGUGUGUUUGUCCAGGUGCCUGCCGCUUCCAUAAAAGACGGAGAUCACUGGACCCAGCACAUUCCGCAAGUGCUGCAGCAAAGAAAAAUGACACAACGUGUUCAUUGGGUGGUUUUACUUUUGUGUUUUGGAUUAAUGUGUCAUCUUGUAACUGGAAUUUUUAUGGACAAGCUUGCCAACAAUAAGCUGUGUGCUGAUGACAACUGUGUCUACACCAUUUCCCUUGCCAGAGCAGAAGAGGAUUAUAACGCUCCAGACUGCAGAUUCAUUAAUAUUAAAAAAGGGCAGUUGAUUUAUGUUUACUCAAAACUAGUGAAAGAAAAAGACUCUGGAGAAUUCUGGGCUGGAAGUGUUUAUGGAGAACAGUAUGAAGACCAUAUGGGGACAGUUGGUUAUUUCCCUAGCAGUUUAGUCUCAGAACAACAUGUCUAUCAAGAAGCAAAUAAGACCGUUCCUACAACGGACAUUGAUUUCUUCUGUGAAUAGUGCUGAAAGUGGUCAGGUAAUCUCUCAGCUGCUAGCAGGGAGAACUGACAUGAGGAAGCCUAGAUGCCUGCCCUGAACACACAGCCCUUCCUAUAAUGGAUUACUGGUUUCACAAACAUUCUUCUUUAACACAAGAAAGUUUUCUUUUUAAGGGGAGUGAUUUUGGAUGAGGGAAAUAGUCCCACAGAGGAUUUGUUCUUUAGGAGGUUUUUUUUUACCUGCGGAUACUUUGUUGCUUGUUAAUAAAUCUAAUAGCCUUUGAAUUGCUGUAAUUGUGUAGUAUAAAUAUGCUAUGUAUGGGAUUAUAUGUUCCAUCUUGACCUGCAUUUUCCUGCCAUAAUUUUACACCAUGCAUUAGAUAUUAAAAAUAUCUUUCUUGGA